AUGUUUGAAUUUAAAUUUUAUGCAAACAGUGAUGACGAAGAAUUGAAGCGACAUGACACCGUGAUGUAUUCUAACUUAGUUCAAUCACAUACUUUAAGUGAUAGUUACAGAGAUGUUUUAAGUUUGCGCACAGAUUUUCAUGCAAUCGCAAAUGGUUGGAAACUGUGGUACAUUCAUGAAUCUGUUCUCGAUGAUUAUCUACGCACACUGCCCAAAAGUAAACUCAAUGUAUUUGAUGCUGUUCAUGCACGUGAGGAUGUUAAACCUGGAUUGAUUGAAGGUGGUUUUACUCUGUGGGAUGGCAGCAAGGAUCUCGUCAAUCACAUAUCAAAAUAUUUUUCGGAAAAAAUGUGUGGAAAAAACGUCUUGGAGUUAGGUUGCGGUUGUGGACUACCAGGUAUAUUCGCUGUAAAGGCUGGUGCCCGCUUAGUUAGGUUCCAAGAUUACAACUCCGAAGUUUUAAAAUGCUGGACCAUUCCUAACGUCAUCAUUAAUUCAGGAUCUCAAAACGAUGCUGAUAGCCACAAUGAACACACUCAGUUGGAAUUCUACAGCGGGGACUGGUUUCAUCUUUCAAAGCUUUGGCAGUCAAGCGCCAACGUAAAGUUUGACUAUAUCUUUACUAGUGAAACAAUUUACCGCGCAGAUCUAUAUGAAAGAUUGCACAACAUACUUGAAACUAGUCUAUGUCAAUCUGGGAUCGUUUUGUUAGCUUGUAAAGCUUCUUACGGACCUGGAGUGGGUUUUAUAUUCGACGAAGAUCACGACAUAAAUACACCAUUUGUUACGGUUUCAUCUGUUAAUAAUAUUACGUUUCGUAAACGUAAUAUUUCGUGUAAAUUAAAACUUUAA